AUGGUAACCAUGGUUAGAUUAGAGGUGCUCUAUGAAAAGUGGUCGGAGCGUCUGGAGAUCCCGGGAGCUAGCCGGGACCUGGUGGCCGCUGUUCGGCCUGUCCUGAAAGAAUGGGUCGAAUGCAAGCACGGUGUACCCUCCUUCCACCUCACACAGCUCCUGACGGGGCACGGCUGCUUCGGCUGGUACCUGUGUGAGAGGGUGGGAAGAGAGCCGACGACAGUGUGCCACCAUUGUGAUGGAAGAGCCGUGGACACGGCCCAACACACGCGCGAGAUAUGCCCUGCGUGGGCGGAGCCUCGCGCUGCUCUGGCCGCGGCUGUGGGAGGAGACCUCUCACUGCCGGCGCUAAUACGCCGUAUGAUCAGCAGUGAGGAGGCAUGGGCGGCAGUGGCUUCCUUUAGCGUCACCGUUCUGACGCAAAAGGAAGCCGCAGAACGAUCGCGCGAGGACGACGCGAACUCGCUUCCUCAGCGCCGAAGGAGGCCAGGUAGGCGGAGAAGAGCCUUCGCAGCUAGGAUAAUGCCGCCUUAACGGGAACCUGCGGGUGAUGGAUCGGGAGUUCCAUCACUCGCCUGAAGAGGUUUCGAGCUGGAAGGCCCUCAAGUGUUCCGAGGUGCCUUCAGCGGAGAACGCUGCUAGAGCAGCCCCAAAUGAUGGGCUCGCAAGAGCAACGCCGACGGGGUAUCGGAGGUCUACAAUCGAGUUCCCGAAACCCCGUCAACAAAGCGCGCGGCGGAACACCCCAGGGGUUUUAGUCCGUGGAAGUCGGACAUACCCACUGAGCUUCUCCCGGGCCAGUGGGAUCCAUAA